AAUAGAGAAGGCUUGCAGAAGUUACAAAAGACGCUUUCCUUGCCCCUCUCUUUCAUGGCACUGGUUAUGGACAAUUAUGUGCGCUAUCCGCGGAAGCCAAAGUUACUGUCUCAAUAGUUGUCCAAGAGAACUUUAUGACUCUAGCGUGCCCCGACCAAAACAGUAACCUUUAUAGGCAGUUUGCGCUUACCUCGCGGUGCCGUCUCACCUUCUGCACUUAACAUAUUCCAUAGCUUUAUUUUAGCGUAAUGAGGAUGUUUUGGGACAUUCACACUCCUGGCGUCACCUCUGCUCGUCAAGAUACCGACACGGUGGAGCUCUGAGGGCCGAGUAAGGGCGGAGAGGAGGACGCAACCACAUGGCCGCGUCGGUGGCCUUUCUCCACCAAGUGGAGUACGAAGCUGCCUUAAAUGAAUACGAGGAGGAAGCCAAGCGGCACCAUGAAGAAGAGGAGCAAGAGCUUGCCGCAAGAGUUAAUAGCGAUGAUGCAAGGGUUGGCCUCCAACGGGCAAAGCCGCAGAAUGGUCGGGCGGUGGGCGGCAUGCAGACCUUGCGGAGGAGCGUCCUCAAGGGGCACGGCGCCCACCUACCUGUAGCACGGUCCUCCGCCUCGGCAGUCGCGCACUGGCUGUCGGACCAGCGUACCCAGAACCACAACUCAGCGGCACGGCCGGGCUCAGCAGCAGAAGGCUCCAACGGUCAUGGCCGCACAAGUAUGCAUGGCCUCCGUGCUUCCGGUCCGGGGCAGCUGCUGCUACCGCCAGGGCCGGCGUCUGCAGCUGCGAGCGGUGCGGGCGACGCGUUCGUGGGGUCGUCAGCGGCAGCAGCAGCAUUUAAGGCACGCAACGGUGGAUUUGGAGGAGGAGCGGCUUUCAAGGCAUCGUCCAAGCUGCUGCAGUCGCAGCCGUCGAUGCUGCGGCGCAGCAACAGCUACAUUGAGAUGCCGGGGCUGUGGCACCGGAUAACCCACGUCGAUGUGCGCGGCGUCACGGACAGCAUCCUACCCAUCUGCAACCCAGAUACGGUUCCGCGACGUGUUUGGGAUUUGAUGGUCAUGUCACUUGUCAUCUGGACCGUGAUCACCGUCCCUCUGAGUGUCAGCUACGGGCUACCCCAUAACAUGACAUUUGAGGUGAUUGGCUACCUCAUAACCGGGCUGUUCCUGCUCGACGUGCUGGUAAACUUCCGUACGGCGUACUACAAUUACCAAGGCGAGCUGGUGCGCGACUCCACAGCCAUCGCCUCAAACUACCUUAAACUCUGGUUCUGGAUUGACUUUUUCGGAACCAUCCCCUUUGAUUCUAUCGUCAUGUGGACGGGGGCGCUCGGGGGUACGGCAAACGACAGUACGACACUCGCGGCGCUUGGGUUCCUGAAGGCCCCUCGCAUGCUGCGUCUAGGCAGGUUGUUGCGGUUCUUGGAUAGCUACAAGAACGCCAAGAUCUUUCGGAUCGGACAGCUGUUCUUGACCAUGUUGUUGAUCAGUCACUGGCUGGCCUGCGUGUGGUACAUGAUGUACCGGUUCGGCGGCAAGGACCGGGCGGAGUUCUGGGCGUUUGAGAUUGCGAGCAGCGAGGGCAACACUGGCAGCGAGCUGUCGUACUACGUCGUAUCCUACUACUACAGCUUCUUGCUGCUGGUGGGCGACAACAUUUCCGCCUACAACAACUUUGAGCGCGCCUUCGUGGUGGUGGUCCUCAUCGCGGGUACUUUCUUCUACUCGGCAGUGGUGGGCCAAAUGGCAACCCUGGUAGCCACCAUGAACGUGGCCGUCAACAGACACGGCCAAAAGCUGCUGAUGGUUCAGGACGCGCUGCGCUACGCCGGCGUGCCGGACGAGCACAGCGAGAAGGUGCAGUGCUACUUUGAGUUCCUGCAGCAGCGGUCGCACCCGGGCGCAGAGGGCAUGCAGUUCUUGCAGGAGCUGCCGGCGGCGCUGCACCUCAGCCUCUGCAAGUUCCUUCACAGGCGGAGUCUGGACAAGGUCCCCCUGUUCAAGGACUGCGAGGAGGGCUUUCUGUCCGCCGUGUCGCUGCGCAUCCGUAUCCACUCGCUCAGCCCGCGUGAAGUGAUUUUCCGAGUGGGUGACGUGGGCAAGGAAAUGUACGUCAUCAAAAAGGGCAACGUCGCCGUUACCUCCCCCAGCGCCCAGAUGUGGGGGCUGCUGGGGCCCGGGGAGGUGUUUGGGGAGGUGGCGCUGCUCAGUACGGGCAAGCGUACGGCGAAUUGUACGGCACUGGGCUUUGUGGAUCUUGCCGUGCUGACGGGACCGGACCUGCAGGCGGUUAUGAAGGACUACCCGGUCAGCGCUGCGCUCAUCCUGGAGAGGGCAACGCAACGGGCGCAGGCGCUGCAGACCAAGAGCAAGAUGUGGCUAGAGCUCUCAGAUGACGAGGAUGACAUGUUCUUCGACGGGGAGGAAGGCCAGCUGGAGGAGAGCGAGUACGACGGCGGUCGGUCAGACGACGUCAGCAGCUGUACGCCCUCCAACGACGGCGGUGGCGGCGGCGACGGCGAUGGUGGCGGCAUGGGUGGCUCAGCACCAGCCAAGAAUCCGUCGCUUUCCGGUGACUCAGGUGAUGCAUGCAGCAUAAGUACCGUUAACGACUACAGUUUCACAGGUGGCCGCGGCCGCGGCGGCACCAAUGGCGCCAUUGGCGAAGCCGCGGGGGAUGGGGCGUCAACCUCAAUGCACGGCAUUGGUUUCGGUGACGGCGCCGCCGCCGCCGCCGGCACCGAUGGCGGCGGGGGUUACAUUGUACGGCGCUUACCGCCGCUAACAGCCCGACAGAACUCCGAGGUCAGCAUGGUGGAAUCGGCGGCGCCGUCGGUCACAGUUGCUACAGCGCCGAUGACGACGACAUCGCUGUUGCUGCCGCCGCUCCCCUCGCCGCGACCGAUGAGUGCCAUUAACGGCAAGCGGUUGCCAACUGCCUGGCACGAUGGCAGCGGGGGCACGGAACCACGGCGGUCGAGGUCCGUCCCUCAGGCGUCCGUUGAGUUGCCGACCUCGCCGCCAUCGGUAGCGAUAACGGAUUUAGCAGAGAUUUCUCGCCAGCAUCCCUCUGGCGCCUCGAUAGACGUGGAAGGGCUUGGUCGCGGAGGUCUUGAGGGCACGGGAGCAGCAGCAGCAGCAGCAACGUCCAUGGCGGAUCCCAACCGACCUUUGCCCUCGCAUUGCGACUCGCACCUGAGCGGUGUUGCGGUGGAGGACCAGCUGCCACUUCCGUCGCCAUCCAUACUACUGGGGUCUGGGUCGUUCAAACCCGCGACGCUGCUGACCACCGCUACCCUCCCUUGUUCUGCUCCCAUGCCCAUGCCGCACAGUCAUGCCAUGCCGGCAUUCAUUAACGGCGCAUCAUCCAUGUCUCCCAGCGCGCAUUCACUUCGUUGCGGGAUGUACCGUACGGCAUCGCAGCGCCGCCGGAGUUCCGUACGUACCGACGCAUCCCCUUCAUCUCCCUGGCGAGACGCCGCCGCCGUCGCAGCAGCAUCCUCAUCACCGAAGGGCGCCGCCCCGUCAUGCAUGGACUCCCAUGCAAGCCUGCAUCGGAUUUCAAUCGCCUCAUGGCUUCCGGUGGGGGACGACGACGGCGCUACCGGCGCUGCUGGUAACGGCGUCUCCGAUGCCGUUGGCGCACAUGAUUACCUGGAGGCUGAUAGCGGUGCCUUGAAUGGGGAACGGCCUUUCCACAAUGUUGACGGUAACAGCGACGGAGGUUGGAUGGGCUCGCAACAGCUGCGUCGGAGAAGCUCAUCUGACUUGGGCGUCCAUCUGUUUGCUGUCGCAGCAGCACCCCCAGCGACAAGAAGCAGGCUGUCUGUGCAACUGAACAGGUCUGUUCCGGCUGCGAUGCCGCCGCCGCCGGCAGCGGCGGCGGCGCUAUCCUCGCCUCCUCCGCCUCCACAACCGCAUCAGCAGUACUACCGGCACGAAAAGCAGCGGCUCGACGACGUCGAUAUUAACUACUUCGCAGUCAGUGGGGGCGGCGGCGCCGCCGGCGGGGGCAGUGCGGAGCUUAUCCUGGAGCGGGAUUCCUCAGUUACGCUGCUUGAGCGUUUCGGAUCCUCAUCCUUGCGACCCUCUGAAAGCCCCCUGAUAUCCUGCACGGGAGACGGAGAGCCGGGAGGCAGCGCCGCCGCCGCGGUGGCAACACCGCCGCCGCCGGCAUCCGCCGUACGAUACUCGGCUUCCCAGCCGAACGCCGCCGCUAAGCGAAGCAGUCGUGAGACAUCUUUGGAUCAGCCGAAUCGGCGUCGGGGAACCUCGCCGCAGUCGGGGCAUGCCGCCGCCGCUGGCUCGGCAGCAGUCGCUGCGAUUGCUGCCGCCAUCGCCGGCGAUCCUUACUGGGAAUCCGCCGCCACAAAGGCUGUAUCCGCAUCAGCCGCGUUGAUUCGUGCGAAUAGUCGGGGUGGCAGCGGCGGCGGCGGCGGGGCGUCCGGCAUCCGCUCAGGACCCCUUGGAGAAGCCGUCGAGGACGGCGCAGCAGCAACAACGACAACAACAUCCUCGGUACUCUCGGACGCAGCUGGAUCUGCUAUCCCAUACGGCAGCAGCAGCAACAACAACAACAACCUAUCCAACGGAAGCAUGCACCACCGUCUCAGCGGCCUAGGCGGCGGCUCACUUGCCGCUAACACCGGCCCCAUCAGCGGCGUACCCCCAGCAGCCUCUGCCGCGUCAGCAUCCAUGUCCCGGCGCUCCGUAACGGGCUUGCCCCUGCACAACAGGACCAACUCGGGGACCAACGGCACCGCGGCGGGUACGACAGGAGUGGCUAGUACGACCUAUCCUAGCCCGAUAGGCGUCCCGCCCGCCAGCCUCUACCUUCAAAGGAUCUCCUUCACCAUUGCAUCUCCAGCUCGCUCGCCCUCGCUUCCUCAUGGACAGGACUCCUCCUUGCAUGCCAGUCCAAGUCCCAGCCUCGCCCCACAGGCCUCCGCCGCCGCCACCACUGCUCCGGCCGCCACCGCAGCAGCAGCAGCAACAACCCCCACGCCUGCCCCACAGUCGCUGUUGCCGCCGGGAGCGGCCAUAUUGCGCCUAGCCCGGCGAAACAGCAACUACACUUUGUCGCAUGAGAACUCCAGCUCGCUUAACGCCGUACCGAUGCCCGCUAAUGGAUCUCCAAUGCACUCUCCCGGCGUCGGAAUCGGCGUCGGAAUCGGCGGUGGCGGUGGUGGCCUGCUCGGCGCUUUGGUGCGCCGUGCCACACACCGAACAAGCGUAAACAACGGACCAGACGCGGCGCUGUUCGCAGCGGCGGCAGCGCAACCGCGACACGGACAAACACAUGCAGAUAACGAUGGCCACGGCGAGGCUGCCGCCGGUGCUGCUGCCGGCGGUGGUGGCAGUGGUGGCGGAGGCGACGGCUUGGAGUGGAUUAGCACACGCGUCGGCCGACGUUUCCGUCACAACAGCGUUGAGAUCCUACAUGAGGAGGAGCUAGCAGCCCUGGCGCCGCGGCCUGCCACAGCAACCUCGACGCAGGCGGCAGCAACAGGGGCGACCUAUGCCAAGCAGAGCUUUUCAGGCGCUACUAACCACUCGACGACGACGGCGCAUGGCAACCGGCGCCACUACACGCGCAGCAGCGCCGAGGGCGGCGGCCGCCGCGGCAGCGUGGAAAGCCUGCAGACGUCCGUUCGUCAAGACGACGUGGACAACAGCAUGCACGGCAGUGUUGGCGGCGGCGGCGGUGGUGGUGGCGGAUCUAGGCGGUUGAGUACCCAAGACACCACGUGUAGCCGCUGCAGCCGCUGCGGUACCCAUGGCGGGGGGCAGUCUCGGCCUCCGCCAGCGCCUGCACCGCCGCCGCCAUCGCCGCCGCUGCCGCCACCUCCUGACGGAGUGUUCGUGCCUCGGGCCGCGUGGAAGGAGCUGCUGCAGGCCGUAUCACGCCUAGGCUUCUUCGAAGACGCUGUUCAACAGCUGCUCGACCUGGUUUCCCAACAAGACGAGGCCCUAGGCCGCCUGGAGGCACGCGCCGAGCGGGCCGCUGCACUAAACGCUCACAGCGCCCAUGGGGCCCACAUCAACGUCUUGGGCAUCCACGAGCACCAUGCACACCACCAUUUGGAAGCCCUAACCAGCUCCACCAGUGGUGGCGCAGCCGGCGGUGCCGCCACCUCCACCGCCGCCACCGUUGCGGCCGUUAACGCCGCCGCCAGCGCGGCUCGAGCGGCGCAGAUUGCCAUGCUGGGCGGCGGGCCGUUGCCGCCGCUGCCGCUGCCGCCGCCACCGCAGCAGCUUAGGUCUGGGUUGGCCAGGACGGGCAGCACGCUAAGGUUGGGGGCGGGAACAGGCAGCGGCGGUGGCGGGAUUGCAGGGGCUGGUACGGGCCCUGGUGCGAGGUCAGGGCAGCGGAGCAACGGCAACGGUUCAAGCGCGGCAAUGGUAACGGCGGCGGCCGCUGCCGUGGCGUCCACGGGUACCGCGACCUCACAGCAGUCCUCAUCCGGAGCAGCCCGCAUGAGGGGCGCAGUUCGCGCCAUGGCUGCGUCAUCACGUCUCAGACUUGCGCUUGCAAACCGCGGCGGCGGUCCCGUGCCUUCUAGCUCGACGUCUAGCGGCGGAGGCGAGAACCCUGGCCAUGCCACCUCCAUGGCAGGCGGAGGCGGCGGAGGCGGCAGUGACGCCGGCUACGGCAGCAGCAGCGGUAGCCUGCCUGGGGAAUGCAUCCGUGCACAGGGUGACAGUAACGGUGGGGAGGCUGCACCGACGGGGCAAACGCCGCAUGCGUCGCUGCCCGGGGGUGCGUUGGGGGUGCCGCAUGCGGGGCCCAGAAGCGCGCUGAAGAGGAGUGUUUCUGUUCAGCAGUAGGCGACGGUACUGCUAGUAGGCGGUGGUGCAGCAGUAGGCGACGGCAGCAGUAGGCGACGGUACUGCUAGUAGGCGGUGGUGCAGCAGUAGGCGACGGCAGCAGUAGGCGACGGUACUGCUAGUGGAGCGCACGGAUCACCGGUAUCCUACCGGUGUAGGCAUGUGUGGAGCACGUGGGGGGGGGGAGAUGGUGGUGGUGGUGGUGGUGAUGGCGCGUCCUCACCACAGAAGAACGUGGUUGGCUGUUUUGGAGAGCUCGAGUGACCCGGGUCAUGUUGACUGCAAGCUCAUGAGUUGCUGGGCGAAUACUGUCUUUGUUUGGACUGGAUGACUUGAGGAAUUGCUGAGGAGUUGGGUUUGUUGAAGAGUAAAUAUUGGCGAGUGCUGCUAGUAGGGGUCAUGCUUUUCGUUACUAGGUCUGACUGAAACUUGGUCUUGGACUUGAGAGCCGACGGUUAGGAUGGCUGGUCAGGCGGGGUCACGAAACUUAAAGUACGGCACGGUAACCGGUUCGCGUCCGGGCGCGUUCCUUCUUACUGCUUUGACUCGGGCGCGUGACUGCGUGCCAUCGCAUGACAUGCGUGCUAGCGAUGUGUGGUUGUCCGGCUGGGCUUCUUGGUAUGCGGGCUAGUAGCUGCGGCGAGUGCCAGAAGAUCGGCACCGUGCAAACAUUUGCUGCAGUGGAAGUGCUCGUUUCCUUUUGUGCUUGCUGAAAACAAAACAAGGUUGAUGAAGUGCAGCUUGUAUCUGUGAGCUCUGAGUCUGUGAAGAAUGUUUCAGCAGUGGUGCAGGUCGGCAUCGUGUGUGUAUGCAGCCACCUGGUAUUUUCCUGCAGUAUACGUUGGCCGCCACGCGCCCGCGAUGUCACCGCGGCGCUGACGACUUCGUGUAGGCUGAAGACAGAGAAAAGAGGCUUGCAUGGUGUCGAGACAUCAAUUAGGAUGAUCACAGUAGUGUGGUUACGUGCGCCAGUCGAGACGUUUUGGGUGGAGGCGGGCAGUUUGAUACACGCGGGGACAUGCAGAGAGGGAAGGGCGUGACUUAGAGUUGGCAGCGCGUCAUCGCAGCGUCUUCUGUUCACCACCGCAAAUGGAGCUCUUAAAAAGAGCUCAGAAGAAAACCUUUUUGAAGGUUUUUUGGAGAGGAAAUAGGCUAGCCAGCCCACCGCCAUGAAUAAUUGUUUCGCUGGUGUGCUGCGCUGUUUGCACCAGGGGACCGCAGAGUUCCCAUCGUCCACAACUGCUGUUUCGCUAUUUUGUUGAGGUUGACGCACUGAAGGACCCUUCUGGCCGUUGAAGGCACAUUUUUGAUGGCGACAUACUUAGGUACCUAUCUAUCUAGCAGGUCUGUUACAUGUUACAUGAAGUGGCGUGGACUUGGGGGUGUGUGCAGACGGUACGGUAGGGUUAUGUGCUGUCCCAUGGGUCUGUCCCAUUAUGCGUGGAUGAACGGCGUCCCUAGGGUGCAAUUGAUGACGUGGCAGGAUGUCAGGGGCGUGCUCCGCGUCUAGACGCCUCUUGCAUACAGCUUCAAUAUCGAUCUACACACUCAAGGUUAGCUCCAUGCGCGCCGUGUCUUCUGCACAUGGAUGGCGCCAAGGACUAUAUUACGUAAGAGGACACACGUGAGCCGCGAGAAGGAGGCCAAUGCAGCCCCUAGCGUGUGAUGUUAGCGGGAAGGCCUUAUGCAUAUGACUGCGUAGACUCAUAAAUGGACCGGCGACUUAUAGGAGGUGGCUGGCAUUGCAGCCGAACGGUCGGCACGUAGGAUGACCCUGUAUACCUGUGGGCAGCGGUCCGGUUGGAUCGAGCACUUGAUUAUUUUAGCCAGUUGGGAACGGAACAGAAGGAGGUGACGUUUGACUGAGGCAGGACGGGUUUCGUUACAUGAGAGUCUCGGUGUUGGCACGCUGGGUAAUUGACACGCGGUAUCCCUUAAUUUCUUUGAGGUCUUACACGGAAGGGUGCGGCAGGUAGGGCACGCAAGGCGGUGUUAACCGCCGCCGCUGCAAGAGUGGUUUGGAAGGAAGCAUUUGGUGUGUUUAUGUGUGCGUGGCGUGGAGGGGGUUUUGGUUGCGUUUAACGUGCUUGCAACGGAUUUGCAUAAGUUCCCAUACCGAGACCAAUCGUUGAACCGUUUACUUCGGAGACUUGCAUCGUUUCGGAUUGGUUGGUGGUUGCUAUUGCUGUAUACAGUACCGUGAUAAUAAUAGUUGCUGCACUCGACGAUUUGCUAAGAUUCUAAUUAGGAAUCGUGGUGUGUUGCUCGCGGAGCUCGGAAUGGCUGGCUGUGUUUAUCUUUGGCUGUGUGUGAGAGGUGGGUCCAUGUUACGUACCAGAUACCAGUUCGAAGCACUGGUUUAUGGUAGGGGGUUUGACGCGUCUUGGGGCAUCACACUUAGACAUUUAGGGUUGUGGCAUUGCAUGUGGCAUUUUGUCGUACUGCUUCCCCACGUCCGGGAUAGCUAUUGCUUCCUUGGGGUCAUUAGGGUUACUCGAACGACCGCCU